AGCAGUAGUCGUCGCGCAUCGACUGCAACCGUUAUUGGCAAUAAUAAUCCGAUAGCGUCCAAUAGCAACAAUUCGAAUUGUGGUGGCACAACAGCUGCAGCAAACACCAAUGGCACAAGUGCACCGAAUAAUGAUCAUUAUGUUCCUGGUUCGCCGAUAUUUCGCGAUGAUUGCAAAACCCCGCCGAUAACACCUGCCCCACCAUCGACGCCCAAGAGUCGCGCUAAAGGUGUUGGCGCCAACAACAUACAUGCCAUGACUGUUUCGGUUGCGCAAACAACGCAAGGAGGUUCCACCAUUACCGCCACCACCAAGCCGUGCACCGCUUCCAGCUGUUACGCUUCCACACGCUCGGCCGCCAUGAUGGCACUCGCAUUGGGUCACCGACCGAAAAGUCCUGCUGUAACUAACACAAAACCAACAGCAACUGGAAAAAGUGCGGAGAGAAUCGUCGCAACUAACAGCAAUCACGCGCCGUUAAUUAACCACCAAACCAACACCAAUACCAACAACUCGAACUAUAGCCCUCCACCAGUCGGCAUUCAUAGUAAAUCUCCAAAUACUAAUAAUCAACGCAUCGCUAGCAACAACACCGCUAACAAUCGUCACACCACCGUUGCUGCAGUGGUGCAUAUGAAUGGCGGCACAGGCAUCAAUGCGGGUUUCGGUAGUGGCGGCAGCGCCUCUAGCGGCUCGGACAAUGAUGGCUUCAACACCUCGUCAUCGUCGUCGGCCACAGCGUUGCGUCGGUUGUACUUCAAGAGUGGGCGUAAAUCAAAAAUGAACUCAACGGCUACCACUUCGAUGACCAGUAUACCGUUAAAUGCCAUUUCCACGGCAGCUGCUGCAUUUCACACGUCAAUAAGUGGCGCUUUGCCGCCGAAAGCUGCUGCCGCGGCUGUACCAAAGGUUGUCAUAAUGGGUUCCUCGUCAGCAUCCCUCACCGAUGGCAACAUCAAUACAUCAACGGAUUCGGCUUCGACGCUUGUGACUAGCGUCACACACACAGACACAUCAGAAACAUGCGAUUCACUGGAUUUGGGUGAUAAUUCGGGCCAGAGCGAACCGUUGUUCAGCUCACUGGAAGAACCACUGCUGACCGCCAUACAAAUAGAUUCUGAACAUGAAAAUGGCACCGAACUGGAAUUAACAAGUUGCAGCAUGUACAAUCGACCGGAUAUGAAUGUACAGGAUAGCACUGAGAGUCAAGAGUCGUCACUGUCCAUUCUCACCAUUGAGCCAUCGUCUACCACACCGCUACUUGCCUCGCAUCGUCGGCAACAGAGCAACAAAUGCGGCACGUCCGCACCACCCGCCUCCAAGCUAACAGCCACUACCGGCAGUGCGCCCAGCAACAAUGGCAAAGAACGACUGCCGAAUACUGCACCGGCGCCCAGCAGCGGCACUAAACACUUCACAUUCGAUCCACCAAUAUCACCGAAAUCGGCGCGCACAAGCGAAAAGUCACGCACACACUUCAGUUUCAAGGAACAGCACACACACCAGCCGAUACAGCAGCAGACACGUCGCGGCAGUAAUUGGGAAGAUCAACGCGUGCAUACGACCAAUUUUAUGGAGGAGCGCAGUCCAACAAGUGGACGUCGUGAUAUUUCACCGAAUCGCAGUAAAUAUCGCGCAUAUGCGGCACAACGGCAUGCAGCCGCAGCUGCCGUCGCCCAGGCUUACUAUGAACAACACCAGCUGGCUGACGAUGAGGAGUCCUUGGAGGGCACACGUAGCAAAAAAUCACGUUCGCGCGAAACGAGUGGCAGUACGCGCCAACGUUAUACGGCCGCCGGCAGUGGUGCGGCGACUAGUCCAAAACGCGAACAACGGCGCUCGCCCUCCAGCUCCGCGCCGCCAACCAUGAAAGAGGGGCACUUUUUUGCUAGUAGUGGCGGUAAGCCGAAACAGCUAUCGCCAGCAUCACAACAGCGCAAAUACUCGUCCAGCUCCUCGUCGGGCGGCAGCGAGCGUGGACGCAUCAAAGAUUCCACCAUGUUUCCAUUCGAUCGCGAAGCAAUCGACUAUGAACGCAUACAGCGCGAAUGCUUUGCGGUCGAUGAAAACUCCAGUUCGACAACUACGUCCAGCGACUCAGAUGAUGCUGAACCCUGUUCGGUAUAUGAGCGCAAAAUGUCCGCUCACCAUAUAUCGCCAAGUAAAGCGGGCGAGGCCUUUCAGCAAUACAAGCUUUUGGCGCAGCAAGAACACGGCGGACAACAGCCGGCAGAAGCACAGACCAACGGACCACCGUCGCGCAAGAAUUCGAAACGUAUCCGACCUAGUUCCGUAAUACAUGCGACGAUACGUGAAAGUCAACCAUAUGUACCGCAAACGGAUGCCUUCUAUCCGCAGAAGGUCAAACAACAAUCGCCGGGCGAAUAUGCGACGAUCGCCGGUGGCAGCGGUGUAGGCAGUAGACAACAUUCACCCAAAUCUUACGCUGAGCUAAAUAAGUUCGAGGAGAUUGCCUCGAAAUUCGAGCAGAUUCCACCGAAACAACAACCGCAUGUCAAGCCGUUGGCGGGUGGUAGUCCAUCCGGCAGCAAUAAUAAUGCGUUGAUUGGCAGCACACUGCAGGCGACAAAUGGCAGUAGCAACGGUAAUGGAGGCGGCGGCAACAAUGUUGCGGGUACAGUGGCGCCGACGUCCAGUCCAACCGGGUCAAUGCGCGGCACGAUAUCACCGCCACUGCCAAAUUUACGUGUCGAUUUCUUUGCCGAAUCGCAAAUGAUGCAUCCGCGCAAGCGAUCGUCGAAGAAGAAGCAGUCCGCAGGAAAAACAGGCGCGCCAAAUGCGGCGCACGACCAUUUGGAUGAGAGCCAAAGGGGUGCAGGCAGCGGCAUGGGCGGCGGUAUGCUGCUGACAGCUGGAGGAGCGAUAGGCGUUGGCGCUGGGCCCAUCAACGUCACCUCAAACCCAAUGGAUGUGGCGAUGAAUACACCGCCGCGUGCCACCAUUGUCGUGCAACAACCGUCCUUGAGCUUAGACAACACCGUGGAAACGUUGCUUAUCAAGAACGAAGGUGAUUUCAUCAGCGUCGAACAGGGUAAAGAGACAUUAACGGCAACUGGUGCAACGGCAGCCGGCACAGCGGCGCACGCACGCAAACGCAACUCACAACAGUUGCAGCAUCCACCACAUCAUCCGGCCGCACAUCAUCAACAUACGACUGCCACGCAGCAGCAACAACAGAAACGCGAUGAAAAUAUGCGACAAUUGUUGGAUGUGACGAAUACGUUGACAUUCGAGGAGUUGCGUGAUUUUGAAAUGCGUUAUGGCUCACCACAUCACAGCCGUUCCCAAUCAGUAAAAACACCAGGAAGUCGUGCUUCCGGACGUCCCAAUCAGUUAUGCUUGCCACAACAGCGUUCACGCGUCGCUUCAAUGCCAAAUACUGGCGUCGAGGAAGAGUACUAUAGACUGAGGCAUUUUUCCAUCACCGGCAAAGGUGUAGUGAAUCGCGGUGAUUCGCUCAAGAGUCGACGCAGUCGUUCCAACAACAGCGUAGCCAGCUCCAAUUCGAGCACGGAGCACUUGACUGCCGCCCAAAUACCAGCGCCGAAUUCGGCGCGCACAUCCGCCACCUGCAGCUUGGCGUCCAGCCGUGAGAGCAGCACUUCAAAUCCAGGCAGUGGUCCAUACAGAGUCCUCAUGCUCGGCGGACCGGCUGUUGGUAAAAGCUCGUUGGUUUCACAGUUUAUGACCUCGGAGUAUUUGCAUGCCUACGAUACAAGUAUUGAUCUAAGUCAACCACCUUUUUCCGCAUCUUUAGCAGGCCCAUGCGAGAUACGCAUAGAAAUCGAAAAACCCGCAGACGAUGAUGAAUCUGGUGAAAAAUCCGUCUCAGUAUUACUCAGCGGCGAGGAGUCCGAAUUGAUUUUCAUUGAUCAUGCAUAUACAGAAAUGAAUCCUGAUGAUUGCCUAUCCAGUUAUGAUCCGCACGGUUAUUGUGUCAUUUAUUCGGCUGCUGACCGUAGCAGUUUCACUGUGGCCGAACAUGUACUGCAAGUUUUGUGGACCAAUCAAAAUAUCGCACAAAAAGCUGUCAUUUUAGUGGCGAACAAAGCCGAUUUGGCGCGGAGUCGGCUGGUGACAUCCGAUGAGGGCAAAGCCAUGGCCACCGCCUAUGAUUGUAAAUUCAUCGAAACCUCGGUGGGCAUUAAUCACAAUGUCGAUGAGCUGUUGGUCGGUUUGUUGUCGCAGAUACGUUUGAAAUUGGAAAAUCCGGAAAAAUCAAGGGAUCUGUUCCGUAAACGUUCGAUACGUAAGUCGAAGCGUCGCGCCUGUUCACCGCUCGGUGGCGCCUGUCUCACCGGUGGCACUAACCCCAACACUCCGUUGGGACCAAUGAAUAAUGUCAUUUCCGAUGUGAAUACACCGCCUGGCAGUGCACAAAGCAGCCCCCGCAAAUACCGUGGCUCCCGCACAUCGACCAGCCUAAAGGUGAAAGGUCUCUUGGGACGUGUCUGGGCGCGAGACUCCAAAUCGAAGAGUUGCGAGAAUCUGCAUGUUUUGUAAGCAGUCAACGCGCCUGUUCUAUUCGUCCGCUCAAACGUGCCGCGCUACGCGUGAAUGCUGCGUGAAUGUGUUGUUGUUGUCUUACAAAUGUAUAAAAGUGAAUUAUAGUAGGUGCGUGCGUCAAGAGUCGGAGGAACUAAAAAUUACUGAAAAUUGUUGAACAAAAGUAAACAAACAAACAUAUUUACAAUUUUGCGAGCAGUCGCUAGACACACAUACAUACAUACCCAGCAAAAGUACUGCAAAUUAUAAGAAAUUAAGUGAUAAGUGUGAGGAAAAAGUUAACGGAAACCGUAUGCGAGUAAAUCAUGAAAGAAGUAAGCGUAUGUUUCAUUUUUAAUUUUUUUAUUGUUUUUUUUUUUUGUAAAUAGUAGUAAUUAUAUACUUAUUGUAAUUAAAUUAAGUAAAUUUGUCAGCAAUUAUUGUAUUAUGUCUGUAUUUUUCACGAGUAGUAUUGAGAAUUGUAAUCGAAGAAAGGUAAUUACUAAUCACGUGUUUACACCACACACUAUACAUAUACAUAUGCAUACAUACAAACACGAAGAAAGCAUAAGUAAUCGUAGUUAUAUAUUUACAUUUGUAAUCGCGGAGUAAUUUGUAUUUUUAGUUUGUGAUUUUUGUAAUUUUGUUUACUGAAAUUUUUAAUUGUAUUAUUUUAGUAUUUAACUACAUGCAAAUAUUUAUAUACCUAUGUUGAUUGUAACUGUUUUUAAUAUAAAAAAUAUAUACUGAAUAUUGGUACUUGAAAAUUACUUCGAUUUUUUA